CCAGCUCCCGCGCGCACCUAAGCCGGCUAGGGCUCCUCCUCCCCUCCCGACUUCCCAGUAAUUGGCCGCGAUCGGGUUGGCGCAGGUGAUCGGCCCUCCCCGGAGAGCCGCUCGCGACUGGCUGAGUGAAGGCGCGGGUUCCCGCCUCCCCCUCUACCAUUGGACCGCGGCUUGCACCGCCCAGGCCCAAUGGCUGAACGCGACAGUCUCCUCCCCACCAAGCCGUCUGCGCAGCGUCUUGGGCACGAUAAACCUUCUGUCAAGGACUUCAGGAUCGGAACAGGACCUGGAGCCGGAGGAUUCCGAGCCCUUGUCGCCGCCCUCGGCCUCGCCAUGCCGUCUUCCAUCUUCGCCGAUGUGCCCCAGGCGCAGCCAGUGCUCGUCUUCAAGCUCACCGCAGACUUCCGGGAGGACCCAGACCCCCGCAAGGUCAACCUCGGAGUGGGAGCAUAUCGCACAGAUGAUUGCCAGCCCUGGGUUUUGCCAGUAGUGAGAAAGGUGGAACAUCAGAUUGCUAGCAAUGACGCUCUAAACCAUGAAUACUUGCCUAUCUUGGGAUUGCCAGAAUUCCGGAGCAAUGCUUCCCGCAUUGCUCUUGGGGAUGACAGCCCAGCUAUCAAGGAGAAGCGGAUAGGAAGCGUGCAGACUUUGGGGGGAACGGGCGCCCUUCGAGUUGGAGCCGAGUUCUUACGCAAGUGGUACAAUGGAACAAACAAUGCAGCCACUCCUGUCUAUGUGUCUUCUCCAACCUGGGAAAAUCAUAAUGGUGUAUUUGGUGCUGCUGGGUUUACGGACAUCCGAACAUAUCAUUACUGGGAUGCAGCUAAGAGAGGGCUUGACCUUCAGGGCCUGCUGCAAGAUAUGGAGAAUGCUCCAGAGUUCUCUAUCUUUGUCCUUCAUGCCUGUGCACAUAACCCCACUGGCACUGAUCCAACUCCAGAGCAGUGGGAGAAGAUUGCUUCUGUCAUGAAGCGCCGAUUUCUGUUCCCUUUCUUCGACUCAGCCUAUCAAGGUUUUGCAUCUGGGGACCUAGACAAGGAUGCCUGGGCUGUCCGCUAUUUUGUGAAUGAGGGCUUUGAGCUCUUCUGUGCUCAGUCCUUCUCCAAGAACUUCGGGCUCUACAAUGAGCGGGUGGGGAACCUGACCGUGGUUGGGAAAGAUGGUGAUAACGUCCUACGUGUCCUUUCCCAGAUGGAGAAGAUUGUGCGUGUCUUGUGGUCCAACCCUCCUGCUCAAGGAGCUCGGAUAGUGGCCACUACCCUUUCCAGCCCUGAGCACUUUACCAUGUGGAAAGAAAAUGUUAAGACAAUGGCUGACCGAAUUCUGUCAAUGAGAGCCGAACUCAGAUCUCGCCUGGAAGCCCUCGGCACCCCAGGAACCUGGAAUCACAUCACGGAACAGAUUGGAAUGUUCAGUUUCACAGGGUUAACCACUAAGCAAGUGGAAUAUCUGAUUAAUGAAAAGCAUAUCUACCUACUGCCAAGUGGCCGGAUCAACAUGUGUGGCCUGACCACAAAGAAUCUGGAUUAUGUGGCUACCUCCAUCCAUGAAGCCAUCACUAAAGUCCAGUGAAGAAGCACCAGCCCAACCAGUACCACCAAAGCUGCUGUUUAUUAUGUGUGUGUAUCCCCUGCUUGUACAAACCCAUUAUCUAUAUAGUGUAAUAGUGACAAUCAAAGGACUGAAAUGACUACAGUGGCGGGAUACCAAUGUUUGGAGUUGACAUGAUUUGAGAUUGCUCAGGAUUAGGGCCCUUCUGCUGACCCAUGCAAAAUGAACAGUCUUUGAUUUAAAGGUUAAAAAAAGAAGAAGAAACUCCCAUAUUAUUUUUAUCAUUAUGUGAGUUAAGCAUGUUGACCCACCCUCCCCCAAUUAGUGUGUACAUAGUUCAUUUGCUUCUGUGUGAGUGUUGUAAAGGAUAGAUCAUAUCAUAUCAUUUAUUCUUGGAGCAAAACCAAACCCCAAAGAUCAAGUUAGCAGAAGAGCUAUAUGAUUGUAGCCAUCGGCAGUGCCAUUAAAAAAAAAAACAACCACCAA